GAUUUGAUGGCACGUUAUUACACAUCGAGGGGGAGGCGCGUCUGGGAGGGCAACCAAGUAUAACGAGUGCGCCGCGAGCAGGCGGACUUCAUUCAGGACAGCAGGCUCUGCGGGCUGGGGGGCUCCCACGGAUUUAUCCCACAGGAAUAAAGGGCUGGACCGCGUCGAGAAGGAGACCGCGAAACGGGAGGAUUUUAUCUUUCAACUUCGCUUUCUUUCUUUCUUUCUUUCUUUCUCCUUUUUUUUCUCUCCUUUGUCCGGCGCUCUGAAUUUUGUUUCGUGGCUGUCGCGCAGAGAGGCGCGUGUGUCCAUUUUCGGCAACUCCACGACACUUCGACUUUUUCUUUUUUUUUUUUUUCUUCUUCUUUUUUUGUUCCUGAUCUAACUUUGAAAUGCUCGGCGAUGCCCUGCGGUCUCAUUGGCUCCACUUCGACAAACAUGCGCCUCGCCUGGAUGAUCUUUAACACGCCGAGAAGAGGAGAUCGCGCAGCGGCCAGGACGCGUCCAGACCUCCGUCAUCUGCCCGCUCGCAGCUUUCGUCGCCUUCUACUCUGGAAGUCUUUACGCCUUGCGGUUCUUUUCCCCGAGGGAUGCUACUGAAUGUCCGGGGCCCGGGAGCCUCGCUUCAGCUCCUUGUGUUCACUUUGCUGCCACUUCUGGGCUCCGCGACACUCGAAGGAAAUGAGGACCGCCGCCUGUUGUUACCUGCUCGCCUUUUCUCUGUACCUGGGAGUCGCCAGUGCCGAGGCAACGAGGUGAUCCCGGAGGCGAAGCCCAAGUCCAAGAAAGACUACGCGGCAGCCCACGUGGAGGACAAAUACUCGGCGCUGCUGGUGCGGAGAAAGAGGAGCAUCGAGGAGGCCGUCCCAGCAGUGUGCAAAACGCGGACAGUCAUCUACGAAAUUCCUCGAAGUCAAAUCGACCCAACGUCUGCCAACUUCCUGGUGUGGCCGCCAUGUGUGGAAGUGAGGCGCUGCACCGGCUGCUGCAAUACCAACAACAUGAAGUGCCAGCCUUCACGGGUCCAUCACAGAACUGUCAAGGUGGCCAAAGUGGAAUAUGUGAGGAGGAAAGCUAAAUUAAAAGAAGUCCUGGUGCGAUUAGAGGAGCAUUUGGAAUGCGUCUGCACUUCUCAGACUUUCCACACAGAGCACAGAGAAUCAGAGACAGGAAGGACAAGGGCGACAGGUAAAAAAGGGAAGCGCAAAAAAGUAAAGCCACACAAGGAUCUGCUGCUGACCUAAAGUCGGGUGGCCCUGCCGACGGCGCAGAUGUCAGGUGAAAUGAGCUGCCGGCUCCACUCCUUGGGGUUUCCAAAGCACUGCGAACCGCUCGAACCCUGAGCUCAUCUGCCAAAGGUGCUGUUUUACAACGACGUGCUUUCCAAACAUCCUAGGAAAACUUUUUUAUUUCUUUUUUUAUUUGUGAGGAAGCGCUUUAAAACCCGAAGGACAAAAGGAUUCCUGUAAUUUGUUUUAUUCUGACUUAAAAGACAUAAAGCGUGAAAGACAAUGGAGGAGAGCGCCACACGCCCGGACGGACUUCGGCCACAGGACUGGCGACCCCCGAUUGCACAAACCGACGAGCCUGGUGGUCGUCGACGAGUCGCCCUCUCGCUUUACUCGAACCAUCGAUUGGCACAGGCAGUGGACCGAAGCCUCGUAUUUAACUGUCUGCGGACCCCCUGGCAGCGCUUAGCUACACCCCGGGGGGCUUUUGGUGAUUCAGAGGGCUUUUG